AUGAUUGUCUCCGAUUGUUGUUUUGUUCCUGUUUUCGUUUCGCAUAGUGUGGAUGAAUCGUCUGUGAUACUCAGGGAGAAACAGAUUAGUGGGUUUAGCAGAAACUCGAAACGGAUCAGGAAUUUGGUUGAUUCGUGCUCUGAUCUCGUAAAUGGCAGCUGCGGUAGAUUCAAAGCUGACUCCGGCGAAUUCGUUCGGUGCUGUCGUUCUCGGAGGUACGUUUGA